GUUUUCAUUUCUCCUGAAGAAGCUGCGUCGUCGGUUCAGUGAAGGAAGUCGACAUUUUACCAAUAGUACAGAGUCAAUAUGUCAAACGAUGUCGAAGACAUGGAAAUUGAAACUCAAGAAUCUUCUUCUGAUAAUCACCAACAGUCCUCAGGGACAUCACAUAAAGAAGAAGGAUUUCUAAUUACUGUGUCAGUGAAGUGGUCAGAGCCGAAUGAAUCAAUUAAAAAACCAGCAAAAGAACUGCAGGUCACUCUUCAGAGUUGGCUCAACAAGCACCAUGAGGGAACAAAUUGCUCAGUUUUAAGCCAAUCAGAAGAUGGGAACUUUCUAAUAAAGAUUGAACCUUCAACCUGGAGUGAGUUUCAAACACUAAAUGGACUAAAACUGACCAGGAAAGAUAAAACCGUAACAAUUACAUCUAUUACGGCAACAUCACCAAAGCAGAAGAAAAAAACAUCAGAGGCUGCAUCAGUGAACCUUCAUCCUUUAUCUACAUUACAAACGGAUGAUGAUAAAAUCGAUGAUAUCGAACAAAACGGUUCCAGUGUUGUAGCAGUGGAUUCUACAGUCGAAGAGCUGCCAUGUCGUCUCCCAGUCCCUUAUUUCUGGUACAUGAGCCACAUCUACAAAGAGCAACUUCAACAAAUAGAGGAAGCGACUGGAGUUAAAAUCACAGCUGAAGUAAAAGUGACAUUUGGAUCAAGUGGAGACCAGCAUAAAGCUUUGUGUGACUUCACAGACCUUAACCAGAAAUUCAUUCGUGAAUUCAGUACCAAAACGGUUCCUAUCAAGGACAUACAUCCAGAGGCCUGGAGCAACACAAAGAAAAUCAUCCAGAAAAGUGACAACAAGGUUUUGGUGACUGUGUCAUCUGAAGAAAUGAUCAUAUAUGGGCCAAGCACAAGUCAGGACGCCAUCAUUGAAUCUAUGAAUGCAGCGCAGAACCUCAACAGAUCUGUUGGAGAGUCUGCAGGUGCAGAUGAAGACACACCACCGAAAACUGACAUGAACAUCAACGACCCUCUGGUCACGGCAGGACUGACUGUUGAUGAGAAGUGUUGGAAGGUGAUCACUGCCUCCUAUGAUGGACAUUUAGAUUUUAUCAGGUCUAAAUUUGGGGUGGAUUUCAAUGCUUCACAGUCGGAUGUCCAUAAAGACAAAGUAGAUAUUAAAGUUCGCUACAGACGACCUGGAGGAAACGCAUCAAUGGAGAGCCACGCUGCCAGAGCUCUGCUUCGUCUGUGCCAGAAGAUCCAAACGUCUCCCAUUCCUCUGAGCCACUUCCAAGGAGCCAGUGGGUUCAAUGGGUCACUACAGAACCAAAGGCAUGGUUCUAAACCAGAAGGGUCGUCCACUGAUCCUGAGUUUAAUGCACAGCUGGUGUCUGUUAAAGACGAAGAUGAAGCAGCAGGAGACGAUGAAGAUGAGAAGUGUUGUAUAUGCAUGGACACAUUUAAAGAUAAAAUACGACUCAAGUGUAAACAUGAGUUUUGUCGCGAAUGCCUGAAGAAAUCAAAGGAAAAUCUGGGGUCCUUUUGUCCAAUCUGCAAAGAUGUUUUUGGUGUUAUAGAGGGAAACCAACCAGAUGGACAAAUGACAUGGAGAAAAUCUACCUCAUCCCUCCCUGGGUAUGACUGUGGCACCAUAGAAAUCAACUAUGAUAUUCCAACUGGAAAACAGACAGACAAACAUCCGAGUCCUGGACAGCUCUAUCGUGGUAUUAACAGAAUAGCAUUUCUGCCAGACAACAAAGAGGGUAACGAGGUUCUGCACCUGCUGAAAAGAGCUUUUAACCAGAAGCUCAUUUUCACUGUCGGGAGUUCCAGAACAACUGGGCUGGACAACCAAGUGACCUGGAAUGACAUUCAUCACAAGACAUCAAUAUAUGGAGGACCACAGUGUUUCGGGUAUCCUGACCCCGACUACCUGUUCAGAGUCAAAGAGGAGCUGAAGGCCAAAGGCAUCAAGUGACGGGUUGGAGGAAGUGGCUGCUGGAAACUGCUGUCAAAUAAUUACUGGGCUGAUCCUAAUGUUAAGCAGAAUUUGUUUUCCCAAAUAUAUUUUCAUUUUAUCAAUAAGAAUUGCUUUGAUUUGCAAGUGA